AUGCCAAGAUCUACGCGGUUAACUCCUGUUGAAAAGUUAAAGAAGGAGAACGAGGAAGUGGAAAUACUUAAACAAAAAGUUAUUGAAUUAACACCACCAAAAGGAAUUAACCCUCUUGCUAAAACAUCAACCAAAUCUUCUGUAGCAUUGCCAUCACAAUUUAGUAAAUUUUUAGAAUUACCAAUCUCUCAAUAUUCUAAAGAUGCACUUAAAAAAGCUGGCUUUGUCACUAUGAAGGACAUUCAAAAGGCAUCAAUACUACAUGCACUAGGAGGAAGGGAUAUUCUAGGUGCUGCCAGAACAGGCUCCGGUAAAACUUUAGCAUUUGUAUUGCCAGUAUUAGAAUUAUUAUAUAGAAAAAGAUGGGGAAAACUUGAUGGACUUGGUGCAUUGAUUUUAUCACCAAAUAGAGAAUUAGCACAGCAAAUAUUCGAAGUUUUAAAACUUUGUGGAAGAUACCACCAUUUUUCAGCAGGUUUACUUGUUGGUGGUACUAAGAAUUUAAAAGAGGAAAAAGAACAUAUUUGUAAUAUGAAUAUUCUUGUUGCAACACCUGGUAGAUUACUUCAACAUAUGGAUGAAACAGCAGGAUUUAUUUGUUCAAACCUACAAGUUCUUGUUUUGGAUGAAGCUGAUAGAUUACUUGAAUUAGGUUUCAGAAAUGAAUUGAACUCAAUUUUGGAUGGCUUACCAAAAAGCAGACAAACACUUUUGUUUAGUGCUACUCAAACUAGAGAUAUCAAAGAUCUUGCACGACUUUCAUUAAGUAAGACAAAUACAGAAUAUAUAUCUGUCCACGAAUCAGAACCAGUUCCAAAACAAUUAACUCAACACUAUAUUGAAUGUCAAUUGGAAGAUAAGAUUGAUAUUUUAUUCUCUUUCCUCAAGUCUCACCAAAAUAAGAAGGUUAUUGUUUUUUCGUCCACUGUGAAACAAGUCUCAUUUUUACAUACUGUGUUUAAACACUUACCACUAUCAGUUAAAAUGUUCAAAUUGGCAGGAAGAAUGUCGCAAGGCUCUAGAAGAGAAAUGUUCGAAGGGUUUACAUCAGCUAAAGCAGCAGUUCUCUUUGCAACAGAUAUAGCAGCUCGUGGAUUGGAUUUUCCUCGCGUAGAUUUCGUUUUACAACUCGAUGCACCAGUUUCCAAAGCUUUUUACAUUCAUAGAAUGGGAAGAACUGCUAGAAAUGAUGCUGAUGGAAAAUCAGUCGUUGUUGUAACUCCACAAGAAAAGCCUCUCUUAACAUUUUUAUUUGAUAAGGAUAGUUUGGAAACAGGAAGUUUAAAGGAAAUGAAAAUUAAUCCAGAAAAGAUUGUCACUAUCAGAGCUCAACUCGCUGCCCUUCUAUCACACGAUACAAAUUUAAAGCAAGCUGCUGUUAAAUAUUUCCAAACAUAUCUUAAACAUGUUUACAAACAUUAUGGUUAUGAUAUUGAUUUUAAGGCACUCAAUUUGGAUGCAUUUGCUGUCAAGCUGGGGCUUGCUAUUAAACCUGUAUUGAUCCUGAACCCAAGCGAUAGAGUAAAGAAGGAAGUACGCCUUAAUAUGACAGAGGAUGAUGCAGAGGACGAUCAAAGCAGUGAUGAUGAUUCGGAUGAAAUGGACUCCAGUGAUUCAAGCGAUUCAGAAUCAGACGUAACCACAGAGAAUGGUAAAAUUCAAAAAGGAGAUGAAGAGGAGCAACCAGAGGUUGACUAUGAUAGCGCAGAAGGAGAAGAAAAUCCAAGAAAUGAAGAAAGCGACGAAGAGGAAGAUGUCAAAAUUCAAAAUAUGAUUGACAGUAUUCCUGUUGAUGAUGCAGAUGACGAUAUUCAAUAUCAGGUGGAGUACGAUCCUAACGCUGUAUCUAGCGAUUCAGACGAUUCAGACGAUGACUCAGACGAUUCAGAUUCUGAAAAAGAUUUGGAAAAUGAACCAGAAGAGGGAGAAGAAAAGAAAAAGAAGAAAUUAUCUAAAAUUGACAAAUUCAUGCAAAAGAAGGCAGAAUUAGACAAGAUUGUAAUAGGAGAGGAGGUUACAGCAGAUGAUGAUUUCUUUUAUAUGAAAAGAGAAAAUCACAAAUUGGAUGAAAAGGAUAAUGUCCCACUCUAUGUAAAUAAGAAGAAAUUCAUGCAAAAGAUUGAUGGAAAAAAGCACAUUAUUUUUAACAAGGAAGGUGGGAAAAUAUCCAAGUUGGAGUCUGUUUUGAGCGAAUUAAAGAAUACCAACUUAUCCAAUUUGACUAAUGAUCGUUCUGAGUUUCUAAAUGAAAUUAAAACUAGAAUGAAAAAGACUGCUUCCACAGAUAAAGAACAGGAUAAGGAGAGAUUAAAAAAUCAGAAGGAAAUUACAAAGAAGAGAGAGAAAGAAUUGGAAGAGCUUAGAAGAAAGGCUGAUCUUUUGGAGGAAGAUCCAUUUGACUACCAAAGGGUUGUUAAAGCCAACACUCCCAACACCAGUACAAGUGCCUUGCCUGAUGAAGAGGAUGUUGAUGAAUCUUAUGAAGACUUUGUGAAUGCUAUGGAACAACCAGAGCAAAAAGUUUCUACAACACAAAGGUUCAAAGAAAAGGCAGAACAUGACAAGCAAGUCAAAGAAAAAGCAGACGAAAAGAAGAGAAAGUUCGACCAGUUAAUGGCUACUCAAUCCAAUCUGCCAACUAUUGUUCCAAAAAAGAAGAAGCAAACUGUUGGUCUUGAUGAAGCUGAAGAAAUGGCAUUGAAAUUGCUCGAAAAUAAAUUGUAAAUGUUUUAUUUCUCU